AUGUUCGAUGUGGUUCGGUGGCUGGGCCUUGCCUCAUGUGCUUCCGAUUUGAACAGCUGCUGCAACUCCGACAAUGCAAACGAGGGCUUUGUCGAGACCAUCCGAGCACUUCCUGUCUGCGAUGUCCAGGAGAAGGAUAGGUUCUGGCUCGACUUGCAGGGAUUCUGGUAUCGAAAAGCAGACAACAGCUGUGUUGGAGAGGUCAAUGGGAACAGGAUGGUCUGGCAUGUCCAGUGGGACCUGCCGGAAACUGUUACGUCUCUGCAGGCAGUGACACAAGACACGGUCGUCUACAAGAUGUCGGGCCGCGUUGUUUCGGGUGUUAUUUGCUGGCAUGCUCAGCCAUCCAUUAGUUGGAAUGAUGGAGAGACUUGGUUGAGGAAGUGA